GUAUUGUUAUUCCCCUCAACACAACAAUCCAUUCCUGGUGGUGGGAGGCGUGCUGCCUUCCUUGGAAACAAUGCGGCCAUGCUUAAGAAACAUCUACUCAUCGGAUCUGGCGGACUCCCUCCGCUUCUGAAUCCGUGUCUCUCAUCGUCGCCGCCUCGACCUCAUCCUCCCCGGCUACGACCGGGACGGUUCUAUGCCACGCAGAGCCCAGCAGGCAGUGCCUACACGUGGCCCACGCAUUCCGGGUUCACGCCGUACGAUGUGUUCCAUCAGAAACGGGGCGACCCUUACUCAAAGAGUCGGUUCUACGAGCUGGUGAAGGUCUACCACCCAGACCGGUCGUGCAACGGCCAUCCACUCUGCCGCGAGAUCUCGCCCGAGGUACGGCUGUAUCGGUACCGGCUGUUGGUGACGGCCCACGAGAUCCUGUCCGACCCCGAGAAACGAGCGGCGUACGACCAGUCCGGUACUGGAUGGGCUCAUUCGCCUGAUGCCGGCAAGUCUUCGCCGUCUACGCCGUCGUACCGGUAUGGAGAGCGAGAUUAUGGGCCGAUCUAUAGCAAUGCAACAUGGGAGGAUUGGGAGAAAUGGCACAACCGACACCAGCCCAAGCAGCGGCACUCGGUGGACAAUCGGACGUUCACGGCGUUCAUCGUGUUGCUGACGCUGCUGGGCGGGGCGCUACAUGCCUCCUGGAUCAGCCAGUACAGCUCCGGGUAUGAGCAGCGGCUGCGGGAGAUCAACGAGGAGUCCAUGCGCUUCCUGACGGGCCGGCGUCAUCAGACCGUCACGCAGAUGGACUCGACAGACGCACGGGUCCAGGGGUUUCUCAUGCGCAGAGAUCCGUCAGGCUACGGACUCAAGGAAGAGGAGGAGCAGGUGUACAGGAAGGCUCUCGAUCCACGACAGAGGGCUCUGGAAGCCAGCGAUGAAAUGGAGGAGUCUGCUGCUUCGAAAAGUUCAGAUCAUUGAUCGUGAUGUUCAUCAUGCGCAUCAAGUGAGUGGUUUAUACUUCUGGCUAAUUCUGCACAUAUUUCAAGAACUCCACUCUAUUCAAUUCAAGACUAUUC